AUGGCCAACGCACCCUCCUCCACCCCGCCGCCGCAGCAGGAGCAACCCUCGCGCCCAGCUUCCUUCGGGGCAACAUGGCACGAGUCCGACGCUUCCUUCUUGCAGCCCGGAGCCGUUCCGCUUCCGAAGGUCCACCACGCAUGGGAGCGCCAGCCGCACUCACCCUUUAAGCGCAAUGGGAAGUACCGCAAGGUGUGGAAGCGCUACGAGCUGCGCUCUGAGCCCGAAACGCAGACAAGAGCCACAAACAUGGAGAGAAAAAGCCCAGUAAGGUCGCCGAGGAAGGUUGUCAAGAAGCGCGCCUUGGAUCCACCCGCCGAUCCGACUACGACACCUGGGAGGAGGGCCCCGAAGAGUAAUGCGUUUGCCCCGACGCGCUGGGAGACGCCGAGGAGACAUAGCGGCAGGAUUGCGUCUCGCAAGAUCGCUCAGCCGAUGUUUGCGAGAGGACCAAGCCCAGAAUUUGCCCGCAUAAAUGAUUCGACAUCUGCGACAAAGGAUAGCAGCAAGGAUAGUGGUGCUGCAGGAGAUGAGGGAGGGAGCUUCCAGAAGGACCAGCUGCUAGUCGACGUGCAAGACGAGCCAAUGACUGGAGCUCAAGAGGAUUCGGAAAAUAUUGCAGCCCCUGCUACAGAUGCGAAGCUGGAGGAUGAUACAGCUACGGAAGAUCAAACCGAAGAGUACCAACUGGAUACCGUCCAAUCGGAAGGCGUCCUCCAAAGCUCUGCUGUGGAAGAAGGAAAUGGGCCACGAACAGCUGAAGCGACAGAAGAGCAUGCUGCUACUGGACAGGAUGUUGAAGCUCCGGCUCUUCAUGGACCGCCAUCACCAUCACAGGAGGUUACGGAACCCAGGAUCCAACCUGAAUUUACGCAUGUGGCUGCUGUUGGCGAGAAUGUGAGCCCGGGUGCUGUCGAAUCUACCAACAAUCAGGAAGAGGAACAAGCAGACCAGAUGCAACCUGAGACGGACGUGAAUGCACACUCUGCGUCUCCCAUUCUGGACAAAAAGAGAGUAGACUUGGAGAGGGAGAGCGAACAUAUGCAAGAGCAAAGCGAGAGUGCGGAGGCUGUUGUGGAUGCUCUCUUGGAAGACCAAACGUUGCCCGAUUCCCCGGAGCCUAAGCUCUCUGAACCAUGUAUCCAGAGUGAUGCGGACAACGAACAAACAGAGGCAGCAGCCGCGCAGCCCGAGUCUGUUGGAGUUGAUGCAGCAUUUACAGGAACAGACAUCAAUCUGAUGCCACAGGACGUGAAGCAAUUGGGCGGUGAACUUCCUUCUAUUGGCAAUCCCCUACCAGAAGAGACCGCAAUCACGCAAGACGAUUACAACUUGAGCUUAGAGCAACAACUUCAAGCCGAUGCAGCCGAAGCUCUCGGGUCAGACUCCGCCUUAGAAGAGGACGAAGCUUCUCUAUCAGAGGGAGAAACGGAUGAGUCGGAGCAUCUGGACCAGGAUGGGUUCACGCUUACAGAUAUACCUGAAAGUGAGGACGAUUCGGCCAACAUACCGUCACCUUCUCUCUCAGCAGCAGAAUCUCCCAAGUUCUCCUCAAUCGCCGAUACUUUGACCCUCAACCUGCCUGACCGGACACCCCCAAAGAACAGGACCACCAAGGAAGUCACAGAAGAUCCCUCUUCACCAAUCGACGAAGACACUGCCUUCCUGAAGGACUUCCUAUCGCGCGCCGACGCAUCAAAGGCAAGCCGUGAGGCUGCUGCCACUCGACUUGAUACCAUGACCAAACGUCGAGACUCGGAUAUACUACGCCAGGCACUUGCAUCUCCUCGUAUGGCACUUGACAACACAGAUCUGAAUUCAUCCGACGCCACCAACACUGAGUCACCCUCACGGAAGGCCGAAGAGAAAGACAACGAUGAUGCAUCAAGCACCUCCGCUCUGGAUGGCGAGAAACGCAACUUUGGCGACCUGACUUCCGAUCUCACUCUCGAAGAACCCGCCGCAGAGUCACCGGCCCCAGCGAAGGCGACAUUAGUACCCAAAGCGCAAAGCAAUCGGCGUAGCUCUCGCGCGCGGCAGACGCGCCUUCCGACUACACCUUCCGGUCCUAACCGCAUUCAGUUUCGCGGAGCUAGCGGCGCUGAUACCGUCGUUAUCAAGAAGUCGGACGCGCAGGAACUGGCCGCCGUCACACGCACCAACACGAAGAAGAACAAAGGUAGCGCCCUCGCUGCGCCAAUCCGCCUGAACAAACUCAAGGCGGAGUUCCUUAAAGCGGGCACCGUUCCCGACGCGCCGGCCCCCGACGGGUCGCUACCAGUGUUCGCUGAUCCGGAGGUUGAGGUGUGGCAGGCAAGCAAACUCCGCUGGGACAGCCAACUCGCAUAUUUCCAAGAGCAAGACAACCUUGCAGGGCUCACAAGCUUGUCCGAUGAUGAGUCGGCUGAGCCCGCGGUGACCGGAGCAUCCUCUCAGGAGAAGAAGGAAGAGAACAGCAAGAAGAGAAAGGAUAAGAACGAAGACCCACCUUCUUCAACUCCCGCGCGGACGAGGCGCGUUAAAGGUUUGGGCGCCGGGAACGGCACCCCUGCGAGGGGUCUGCUGGCGCCGGUGAGCCUACUACCCGCGGAAGUACAGGCGGAGAAGGAAAAGAAUGACUCGAUGGGAGAAGAUGGUAAAGCGAAGAAGAGCAAAUGCGGGAAGAAAGUAUCCGCCUUACCUCCUCCUUCAUCCAUCAAAAGCGGCAGUGGUGUCACGAGGGGAGGGAAAAAAGCAGAUAAAACGGCGGCCAAGGAAGCACAGCCUACUCCUACCACUACUACCGAGACCGCCACGCCGUCGCAAGAAAGCAACAGCAAGAGCGACACCACGCAGCCCACUCCCGCUCCUCCUUCCCAGCUCCCCGCCCCCAUCGCCGCCUCCCGCCGCAGCCGCCUCCAAAUCCCGCGAAAGGUCAAGCUGCCCGUACCCGUGUCGUCUUCUUCUGCUGCAUCAUCAUCCACAGGCAUCCCUGCCGCACCUUCUCCCGCCCCCGCUGCUGCUGUCAAAACAACAUCGGCACCCGCACCUGCGACGCAGAACUCCACCACCACCACCCCGGGUAGACUCAUCGGCUCCACACCGCGGAAGAUGGCGGGCAUCGCGAAGCCUGCCUCGGUUGGAGACGCUGGCAACACUGCGACACAAGGGCUGAGCGCUGGACGUAGGAGGACUGCGACGGGUGCGGGCAGGAGGGGGUGA